AUGUACUUUUGUGAAAACUUUUAUAUGGGCCAUAUAUUGAUUGCUAGGUCGGCCCAACUAAGAAGGUCUAAUUGGGCUGACGUUAGUGGCCCCAAAUUGCCAAAACCGUCUUCGAAGUUCGAAGGUGUCGUCGUUCCAGAAAGGAGAUUCGAUCGAACUGUAAUGGCGGACGGAAGAUCUGAUUCUGCGAAAGAGGAAGAAGAAGCAAAAGUCAGAAUCUUGAUUGAAAAAGGCAAAGAAGGAAAAAAAGAAAUGAUUGAUAAAGAGAAAGAGAAAUCACCUACACAUGACAAGGAAACACAUGGAACAAGUAAUGACAUUGGCCGAGACACCCCAAUUGAGCAAGUCAAAGGACCGGGUGUUCUUGAAAGAGCCAAGGAAGAAAUUGAAGCUGUUGUGGAAGCAAUUCACCCUAAAAAAUAA